ACCGUUUCGGUGCCUAGCUGCCAUGCCACCAGAAGAAAGCAAGAGUGCUGGGAUGUUGUCAGGUUGCCCAAGCCUAGACAGGGAAGUCGGGAGACAGAGGUCGAGUUCGAAUCACGGAUCUUCCGGUCAGUAGAUUCGCGCUCUAAACACCUAAGCCAUCUCACCCUCUUUAAGUUUUAUAUUUUGGUAACUGACUGCCCCAUUGUCAAGUACCUGUUUAAAGUCUUUUGUCGUCAAAAUUUUACGGGCGCUUUCAUGUCUGCCUCCCCUGUAAUUUCCCGGAGGUUCUCGGUGGGUUUCGUGUCUUCCAGUAAAUACAGAUUUUGGAAGAUAAGAAGGAAGCACGAUGGCUUGGAUACUGUUAGUUUGCCCAAGCCGAGACAGAAGAAGUCGAGAGGCAGAGUUCGGGUUCGAACCACGGACCUUCUGGUUGGUAGCUUCGCGCUC